GCGGCUCUCACGGGUAACGGAGACUCUAUUGCAGCUCGUGCCGGCUCGCGCUGUUUCCACUGCAGUCCGGCUCGAGGACGGAAAGACCUGGACUGUCACUGUGGAUUUCAUUUUUUCCCCCCCCCUACAGUCUUCCCGAGCUUUGAACUUUUCUCACUCCCUUGCAGCUCGUGACGCCGUCUCCCUCCUCUGACUCAGAGCGCGAGACAUGGCAGAGAAGCGGAGGUCCCCGUGCGCGCUGAGCGUCAAGGCGCACGCGUUCUCUGUGGAGGCGCUGAUCGGAGCGGAGAAGAGACGGAGGACGACCGGAGAGGAGGCCGUGUCUCCUGGGUAUGAGGACGGGACUGAUGUGUCCGAUCUCACCGGGAGUCCGGGGCCGCGAGCGGACAGAGCCUGCACGAGCGACCGGGGGAGCGAAGCUGAGUGCGCGAGUGACGGAUCCCCAGAGAGCGAGGACGCGCUCCUGGAGAGCCCGCAGCCUGCAGCUCCGUGCACGGCGCCGGUUAACGGAGAGGAGACCCGGGUGGACCUGCAGGGAUCAGACCUGUGGAAACGGUUUCACGAGAUCGGCACGGAAAUGAUCAUCACCAAAGCAGGACGGCGGAUGUUCCCCGCUAUGCGCGUCAAGAUCACGGGCUUGGACCCACAUCAGCAGUAUUACAUCGCUAUGGAUAUAAUCCCUGUGGAUAACAAACGAUACAGGUAUGUGUACCACAGCUCUAAGUGGAUGGUAGCCGGGAACGCAGACUCCCCUGUACCUCCCAGAGUUUACAUCCACCCGGACUCUCCGGCCUCAGGGGAAACUUGGAUGCGUCAGGUGGUCAGCUUUGACAAACUCAAACUGACCAACAACGAACUGGACGACCAGGGACAUAUUAUUCUGCACUCCAUGCACAAGUACCAGCCGAGGGUCCACGUGAUCCGCAAGGAGUGUGGAGAGGAGUUAUCCCCGGUUAGAGCCGUCCCUGCUGGGGAGGGAACAAGCACCUUCUCCUUCCCUGAAACUGUGUUCACCACCGUCACAGCCUAUCAGAAUCAACAGAUUACAAGGCUGAAAAUCGACAGAAACCCAUUUGCCAAAGGCUUCAGAGACUCUGGAAGAAACCGGAUGGGGCUGGAGGCUUUGGUUGAGUCGUAUGCAUUCUGGCGUCCAUCUCUGCGGACACUCACGUUUGAAGACAUCCCAGGCAUGGCAAAGCAAGGAGUCCCAGGAGCUCAUGGAGCAUCCCCUCACAUUCUCUCCACGUCCCCGUGCUCCUCACCUUUCCAGGUCUGCCCUCUCAGCCCACCUGACUACACCUGCAGCCGACCCACACACCCCCUCCAUCGCUACAGCAACGGUCCAGAGCCGUUCCCCCCUCCCAGGGGUCCGUCUGCGUACGAUAGCGAAGGAUUCUGCUCCCUGCCUCUCCCUGCUACUCAACUCAGCUAUCUCACCAACCCGACCCCGCAGGGUUAUGCCGGUCUACGCCUCCACACACCACCUUACAGUCUGUACGGUUACACAUUCCCUCCGUCACCUCGCCUCGCUGCCAGUCCCGAUAAAAUGGCUGCUGCUGCCACUGCCAAUCAUCCGAGUCCCUUCCUUGGCUCGUCUCCCAGUGGGACUCUAACAGACAGUCUGGGCGUGCUCAGUGGAGGACAGCAGGGCUUCUUGUUUGACUCUCGGACUUUAGGGUUGGCAGGUAGCCAAGCGGGAGGUGGGACCUCGCAGGUCACUGCCCACAUGAGCUGAAUUUGACUCCAGACACAGAGAGUUGUCCUGAAAACAGAAUGACUACAAGGAAUGGGUGAAAGUCACUUUUUGUUCAGAACUUUCUUUAGGCAUGAAAAAGAAGAAAAGCUGAUGCCAGAAGGGAAUAUUUGAAAGUUCUUAUGUAAAGCAUGCUCUUUAGGACAUGCAUGUGCAGUAGGAGUGGACACUUAAGGGACAAACUUCCUGAAGCUUUGGAUAGAAGUUCAAAUGAUGUGAUGACGUGACUGGACUGGAGCUGAAAAUGGACUGAGAGGAAAAUGGGCUGGCCCAGGCACUCAAUGCAAGCACUUCAAGCCCUGGCCAGACCCUGAACUGUACCUUCAUUCAACAUCGCCUUCUUGAUCUUUAAGACUAAAACACUGAACACUGCUCUCAGACGUGUUUUACUUGGAUUUAUUACUUUAAUUUCAUCUGUUAAAUUCUUUGUCCCCAAGUGGUGUCUUCAGUCAAGUCCUUGGUAAAACAAACACAUAGCCAAAGUUUUUCUAUAAAAUGCACUACAUGCACAACCUUUUGACCACUCAGACUUAAAUAAAACUCUAACACACCGCCCAGAACCUGUCACAUAUUCACAGGAUGACAUCAUGGCUGUGAUGAGAGCUAUGGGAGAAAUUUCUCUGACAGUUAUGGACCGUCAAGCUCAAAGCUGCCGACUGCGCUUCGUCUUCCCUGUCCGGUUUGAUGGACGUUUACGUGACGCAGCUGUCUGGAUGUCAGGCUGAGGUACAUCUCUUCUUGUGUGACACAAACCUAACUGCACAUGAUGACUCUGUAUAUAGCGGAGGGGAGGAGAGAUGUGUAUAUAAAGGUCUGUGUGACCCUUCGCACUUAAAAACCCAGAUGCACCUGCUUCUGCUCUUUAGACCAGGUCAGGUACGCAACAGCAGACCCUGAACCUGCCUGAAAAAGCUUUCUUUGCAAACACAAGCGCUAUAUCAGCACGCCCUUUGGCCCGAGGACAUUUACAUGUUCUGUGACCUUUUUGAGCCAAAUAAAAUAUCUAUUCAUGUCA